UGCACCACUACUUAAGCUAACAAACGUUAGCUUUUCCUGAAUUGCUAUGAGUUGAGCAAAACUGGGGUGAGGGGAUGCAGCCGCCGCUGCCGCCCGACGCCGUGCGGGAGCUGGUGGGCUCCUGCCUGCACAGAGACCCGGUGGCCGCCGACCUCCGCUGCAGCCUGUUCGUGGCUGCAGCCCAGAGCUACAAGAGAGACUCUCUCCUGCGACCCUUCCCUCCUCGGUACAUCAGUGGGGACAACAAGGACUUUGAGGAGUUGUUGGCAGAUGUGAAGUCGCUGCCUGGUGUGAGAGAUUUGGUGAGGCUUCAGCCUGGAGAAGGAGAUCAUCAUCUGGCUCUCACUCACUGGAUUCUGUCCUCGAAGAGUUUUGCUGUGAAGACACUACAGAAGGACGAGUAUUCCAAACUUUGCAGCCUGACAGAAAAUGAAGGAAUUUCUGCUCCAGUGCCGGACUUCCUCUUUGAGCUGGAGUACUCCGAUCACCUGAACGCCAGGUUUCAGAGGACGAGAGAAGGACGAGACGUCUUCUACGCAUUCCACGGGAGCCGCUUGGAGAACUUCCACUCAAUCAUUCACAAUGGACUGCACUGUCACCUCAACAAGAACUCCGUAUUUGGAGAGGGGACCUACCUCACCAGUGACCUCAGCAUGGCGGUCCUCUACAGUCCUCACAGCAGCAGCUGGCGGGAAAGCAUCCUGGGUCCGCUGCUCAGCUGCGUGGCGCUGUGCGAGGUCAUCGACCACCCAGAUGUCAAGUGCCAGGUGAAGAAAAAAGAUUCAGAGAAAGUGGACCGGCAGCGUUCACGAGCGAGAAACAGCGAAGGCGGGGAUGUGCCGCAGAAAUACUUCAUAGUCACCAACAAUCAGCUUUUACGAGUCAAGUACCUGCUCGUUUACUCUCAGAGGAAGAACCUCUCCAGACAUUCCCGCAGCGGCUCGUGGCUCCUGCGGCACCAUUUCGCCAUCAUGAUGACUCUUUACCUGUUGCUGCUCGUGUUCAUCGGUGCCUUGAACUCCUCCACCUUCCUGUCGUUCUGGAGCCGACUGUUCAGGUGACGAGACGGCAGCCAAGACAUCGGCGACGACGGCCCACUGUGCCUUUCUGAUCAGAGACUGACCGGAGACCCGAGCAACAUAGUUUUGUGCACCUUUUAUACUGUUUUCUUUCUGCUGGAGUCUUUUAUUUCUACAAAUAAUUCCGAUGAUGUUAUUCUGACGUGACACGCCUUCUUCACGCGGGUCCAGUUCUGGAAGGGUUCUGCUGCAAUGAGACCACAGUGCAUUUUAAUAGUAAUAUGCAAUCUUUCAUGUGUACUUUCUGUGGUUUAGUAAACUUUUUGUUUUUGUGGGGGAUCUCGGCUGGUAUGUGGUUCUAGUCCUCAUUAAUGCUGACUUAUGCAACAACCACACUUCAUAGUGGAUAGAUGAUUCAAAUAAGCUUUUAUGUCCUCGCAGGAAAUAAAUGAGCACCUGCUUAAAGUUAAAAGCCUUUAAAAUUUGACAACGAAGAUUUUAUUUGAAAGCGUUUCAGUCGCUCGCGAAAGUCAACGCGUUCCACUGAAACUCACAUUUACUGCAGCUGGCGCAUAAAUGCUGUUUUUAUCAGUGAAAAGAAAAGUGGGACAGAUUUAUGGGGCUGAUAACGCCGGUGGGCGGCUUUGGUGACGGACCCAGUCCUCCUCAUAAAUAGCUUGUCAUGUUAUGGAUAUUUACAAAAGCUCAAACAAGUUGCAAAAGCAAGACCUUAAUAAAGCAAAAUUAUUAUUAUUAUUAUUAUUAUUAUUUUCUUGUUUUGGUCCUUUUUGGACUAAAUGGAACACUAAAGUGUAACAGCAGUUACUUCUAGUUUCCUGCUACAUUUACCGUGGGAGGAUGUUGGAGGAAGAUCUCGUCAAAUCGAACCCUUUGAUCAGAAAAUGUUCACUAAUGAUUGAUCGUACGACUACGAGUCAGCUCGGCCAACACUUCUAUGAUUUCUGACUCUCAGAAUCAGUUUUAUUGGCCAAGUAUGAACAUGCCAGACAGGGAAUUUGACUCCGGUUAUUACGCUCACUGUACCCAGAUUUAAAUAUUAGCAAACAGUAAAUAGACAAAUGACAGUAAAUAGACAAAUGAGGGAAUGAAAACGGUUUCUUUAGACUGAUGAAACCCUUGAUAACAAUUCGAAGUUACAGCACAUCACUGAUGCAAGUUGAAAGAUGAAAGCAAAUGCAGGCCUUUGUUUUGGAUUUAAACCGGUUCCUUGUUGCGUAAUCGUGUAGAUAAACGGCGUCUGUCCCUCAUGAGCAGCUUCUGAAGGCCACGGAACAACCGUCCCAUUGUUGGUCCACACUUCAGUCUGUUUCUGUACUUGGUUAUUGCUGCCUCAUAAACGCCUGUUACUCAAUAACCGUCCCCUGUGAGGGGCCGCGGUGAUGGGGGGGCCGUGGAGGUGUGUGUGGGGGGGCGGCGGUUUGAACAAAACUGGGUAAUACUUUGCACCCCAUGAUUCACUAGCGUGUAGAUCCACCUUUUAGCAGCAGCAAGUUGAAGUGGUUGUUUCCCAUAUUUAAGAUUAAAAUAUUUAUACUUUCUCCCAUAUUCUUUCACAGUAAUCGAUCUCCAUUUGAGGAUUAAUAAAGUAUUUUUGAAUGAA